GAAAAGAGAGACCACGUGGACGAGCGACAAUUCUUAUAAGAGAGAUGAAAAAUACUUAUACAGAGAAAGUCGAUCAUAUGCAUAUGAUUGCAAUCAUCUACAACAGAUAGAAUUAUAGUAUAAUUUGAACGACACGCAGGGCAGUAGGACGACAUGCGGCGCCUAGACUUAACGGAUCCUAAAACACAUGGCCACUAGAAUAAUAUCCUUAUAUAUUAAUGAAAAUAAUAUUUUGAAUACCUCUCCUAGAUAGGUUGGUUCUUUCAAGCAGCUCCUGCAGCACUAAUAUGUCAUGACUUCCUCGUCGUUCUCUUGCGGUUGCCCUCCAAGCCUAGCUGAUUACGGGUCCAGCUGGCGCGGCUGGAGUAUCUAUCACAACUGCUGCGUCGUGGAGGACUGAAGAACGAAGGAGAAGAGCGACUUACUGGACACGUUGACAGUGCUGGACACACAGCACGGAACAUUACCGGACAACGAAGUAGGCAAUCUCAGUAGGGCCGAUCCAUCAUCCACACCUUAGAUCCACCUUCCCCAUCUCAGUAGUGCCGACCCAUCUUGGAUUCAUAAGCAAGGAUGCCAUCUUCGACACCAGGAAAGGAUAAAAGGGAACAGGAAGAGGUGGAGCCUCCUCUCGUCACUCAUGGGAGGCCCAAGCGUGCGCCAAAGCCACCAGAUGAGAUCAUUGGGUCACCUAAUAUGACAGGAAAAAGUGUACUCAUCCGAUCCUCAUGAAGUUAUUAGCUAUAGACUUUAGGUAGAAUAGUAUUAGUAGCUAACUUUCUGAGUAUGAGUAUGAGUUGUACACUUAUUCCUUCAUAUGUAAAAAGAUUGUGACACCAGCUGUCUCAUCUGCAUCAACAGAUCAUGGUGAGGUGGGAGCUUCUGCUACUAAAUCAACGCGAAAGGACAGUGGGUCAGCUGCUUCUGCAGCUGUGAGUACACCCGAUGUGGGUGCGCCUGCGGCUCCUGUGAGGACAUGCGAUGUGGGAGUGUCUGCGGCUUCUCCUGCGACACCGGAAAGACUUCUCCUCGAGAAUGUUGAUACGUCGGCAAAAGUAGAAAAGCCUAAGCCUGCCACGGCCUUUAAGCUGGUUGAAGCUGGUCAGGAGGAAGCUGAUGUCAAAAGAUCAGGAGGAAGACGGAGCUUGACGAAGGCUGAUGAACUGCAUAUAGCGAUCCCUGCCCAAGUGUCACAGCAUAGCAUAACAUCAAGCGUAGAAGCCGAAGAAGAAAUAGAACUCGAUCAUAGCAGGUGGCGAAGUUACUACCUAGUAGGCGUAUUCUGCUACCUCCAGCUGUUAACGGGAAUGAUACUGAAUGGGUUUUUCACUAUCGUGGAACAGGUAGCGCAAUUUUAUCAAGUCUCGGAAGAAAUGGUGAACAUAAUUAAGGCUGCCAAUCCUUAAAAGUAGUUUCAUCAUCGUCAGCCUCAGCUUCAGCACUGCUAGCCUCAGCACUGCUUCCGCUGCUGCUCGGCGUUGUCGUGUCCACCUCUUCUUCCAUAAAUGGUGAACAUAAUUAAGGCUGCCUCUGAUGCUAAUCCAUCUCGUUUACAGGGAUCAUUCAUGAUCCCUCAAGAACCGUAUGCACCCCAGUAGGUACAGGUGGGGAUAUUCUAACACAAUCCUUGUUGAGGCAUAUCCUAAUCCCUCUUGUUGGGGGAUUUCUAGCACAAUGGGAUAUUCUUACAGGAGGAGGUGUCUAACAAAGUGGGAACGGUGAUAUAUCUGCUAGCAGCGUUGAAGUUUCCAGCAAUGUAUUGGGUGGAGCGGGUUGGCGUCGUUCCCGGUCUAUCGACAGGCCUGCUGUUUUUGACUAUAGGAAGCGUGGGGAUUCGGCUCUUUGGGAUGAACAACGUACUUUUUAUUUUUUUUUUAGAGAAUGAGAAUUUGGAUUUUUCCGAUUUGGAGGUCUAGAAAAUGCUCCAACGUUAAAUCUAAGAACUACUACAACGUCAUGUCCUUCAGCUGUGGAGGUCUAUGAUACUACAUUAGACCACAAGUAGAAUUCUUACUUCUUCCCCGUUAACACAACACACAAAAACAACAGUUCACAUUAGUCUUUGUGGGGACAGUAGUGGCACAGAUCGGCCAGCCGUUCUUCCAGUGCCUGGCAGCGUCUAUAGCAGUAAACUACUUCCCGGCGAACAAGAGGGCGACCCCCACUGCCCUAGGAAUCGCUAGCGACACAACUGGGGUUGGAGUUGUUAUGGAACAAGUCUAUUUGAUCACAAUUCGAAAGAUUAAGAACAAAAUGCUUUCUCUGAUUCUAGACUAGAACUAAGGGACGUCGAAAGUAAAUAUUUCAAAGUCUACUUCAGUAAGUAGUAGAUCUAGAAGUAGAUAUUACGGAUACCUCUUCUAAUUUUGGUAUGUUUCUGUGUGGAUUGCCUAUGUUCUCGACGGACCCACGCAAUUGGAUUGUGUUUACAGCAGGCCUCAACGUAAUUGGCAUAGUUCUUUUCGUGCCGAUAUUUUUGUGCUUCCAGAACCGAGGAGCCCGAAAGGAAAUCAAGCGUAAGGAGCUCAGGGAAAGAAGGGGACACGAGCUGCAAUCUGUUUAUGACUAAAAAGGGGGUUGAAUCCUUUUUCCUAAGAAAGCAGCUAUAUAAUUUCAGACUGUGCUUGUGACAGUCUAGGUUUGUUUUUAGGGAAGCUUUUUGACGCAGUUGUAAGUAGGAUGAAGGUAUUCAUUUAUAUUAAAUUGUUUGUUUGUUGUUCUAGCUGCUUGAUGUUCUUGCUUCUGAGGUGUUUUAGCCACGUUGCCAAUUCGUUGCUUCCAGAAGAGGGUCAGAUUUCAGACACACCACUUAAUACCUACUUGUUACUUAAAUAAGGAAUAGAUUCACGAACUACGCUGUACUAAACAAGAAAUAUUACAAGGUAUUCCAACUCAUUUUUAUCCUAGGUUAGUCCCUCCAUCCUAGGUUAGUCUUCUAAGUUCACGUAGCGACCUCACCACCGCACCCGACUCCCGGACUUGAAGAAACUGUUACAAUAACUUCCACCGGAACGUCUAGUCGGAUAUCUUUGACAGGAAGCAACCGAACAGCCCAUCAAGCAGAGCAACUAUCUCCCAGAUCUGAGCGUUUUAGUUAAGGGUCAACAAUGCAAGAAUUCUCAAUUCAUAAUUUCUACAAGCCAUUAUAAUUAUUUGUCCCUGUUGUAGUUUCGUUUUUAGGACAAUCAAUUGGGAGAGUGAGUAAUAAAUUAUAAUAGAACAAGUAACAAAGGGAGGACUAAGAGAAGAGAUGAAUCUAAUUCGGGGUCCGACUUUGCAAGCGCUUGCUUCGCUUUCCCUUGUUUCGGAGUAUAUACGUACUUUUCGCGGCGUGUCCGGAGUUUGUCUACUGCUUCACUGGCAUAUUUACGACUUCUAGAAAAGGAGAUUCCUCUUCUAGAAAAGGAGCAUCUUGGACCAUUUCAGUUGAAAGGGGAAACGGGUCCAGGAUGACUGUCAAGAUGGAUUCCGGAUGACUUUCUAAGAGGUCGAUCCUCUUUGGUGUUUUCAACGCGCAUCUGAGCGUGAUAUCGGAAGUCUUUCCGCCCUACGCUAGCGGGAAUAUCUAUGUUAUGAGCUGCUUGUGCUUUGGGGAGGAUAGUACUCAUGUUUAUUUUGUAUCUAUGAAUUGGAAGUAACUAACUGCAUUUUUGUAUUUUGUCCCCUACUUUUAUUCUAGCGCUCCUCUGUCCGCUUCAAAGCUGAUUGCGCUUUUGAGUUUCACUUAUCUAGACAACUCAUUGCGCACUUGCUCGCAGUUGCCUCUAAAAAAGCCGGUUUGUUCUUUCUAGCAGGACUAGUGGGUAACGUUUUGCAGGGCAGUUUUCUCGAUGCAAAACUAUUGACGCAUGCAGGUAUGCCCAUUUGUUUCCUUCUAGACUUUCACCUACGCAGCAUAAUCUUCUUGCGUUGAAACAGAAAGUCUUUUUCAGCUUGUUUCUCUUGUCAUCUCAUGAAGAAGCUAGCCAUCAUUGCCAUCAGUGACUGACAUACUUACCCAAGAAUAUCAAGCCUUCAAAAAGCAGUAAGAUCAUCAGCCGGCUAAUAUCCCUCACCCACACGAUACUAAUGAAGGCCACCUCCAGGAACACUCUUUUUCUGUCGUGUCUUACGCCACUUUUUAUGCAGACCCAAUCCCAAUCUGAAACUUUCAGAAAUGAUCCGUGCCGCUGCUGUUGCGAUGGGUCCGCUCUUCGGUUUCACGGCUUUCGUCUGGACUACAGGCAUCUUCGGACAUGCAUGGGUGAUGUACACUUUGGCGUGUUUGAUGGUUAUGAUCUUCUCGGGAGAAGGUGAGGUAGUCUUUUAGUUACAAUUAUAGCAAUAGUUAUGGGUCGACACGCGGCGCCUAGAAUAGAUGGAUCUUACUUAGCAUGGCCAAUAAUAAUAUCUGCGCUUCUCUAUCAUUUAUCUACAUUCAUUUCUUUUUACUUUUCCUAGUUAGAAGAUUGGCUCCACCCAUAUUAUAGCAAUAGUUAUGGGUGUAGGGAAUUCUUCUCUAAGUCUGUCAUUUGGAAGAGAAAAGACAGGAGGAAAAUAGCACCCAGAUGUAGAUGAUCCCCGAGAUGGAUUUCCUAUAGAUUUACCGCUAAAAUAGAUAAUAGUAUUUUACGAGUGGGUCUGGCUUAUUAAGUAUAUGUUUUGACCCACUCUGCGUUCGAGUAGUGUUUGUGGUUGGUAAUAAGCUGCUAUUGUUAUUUGAAGAUUGCUGCUUGAGAAACAUAAACUUAUGAGAUUCAUCGAUGAGAGAACGCGAAUGGCGCAUGGGUAGAUGAUAACCCAACCUAACCUAGAACCUUACAUAUGGCUCCCUUCUACUUCUAAUAGCAAGUUCUACUUUAAGUUCCCUUCUACUUAAGUUUCGUAGCAGCUACUCAACCUACUAUCUUCUACUUACUUAAGUUCCCUGCGCUACUAGAACCUUGCUGCAUAUAAGUAGCUCCCUUCUACUUUCUUAAGUUCUUUAAAACGUACUACAUAAGAGCAAGGCUUCUAAUCCUAACAUCCCUUCGCGUACGUACUACAACCCCCUUCUUCUAAUCCUCGCGUCGGAGGUCCCGGUUUAGCAGCGACCACCAUCAGUUUCGUCAUCAAUUGUCGGAGUUACCAGAGGUUGAACAGGCAACCGGGACAGCCAGAAACCGAGAGCCAAAUGGAACUCAGGUUUUUUUGGAACUACUGCAACUGUGUUGUUGUAUAUCUCCACGACUGCACUGGAACUCGAUGUUCUUGUGUUCGGCGAGGACUUCGAGUGUAAUCAUGAAGAUAUCAUUUAGGGUUUUCUUCCCCUACGCCUACCUAUCAUAGAGUACUUAGUAGAGACGAAAAUGAUUGUAGUUGUAAAAGGAUACGGGUGCUACGGACUCAGACAGCACGAUCAGGAACGUACACAUGACCACCUCACCUCAACAGGGCUUUAUUCCCCGAAUUGACCAGCGAAGCCGAGCAAAGCGGUCCUGCGUGCAAUUUGGAAAGUACCCUUACAUUAAGGUUUGGGAGUUGACCUCUCGUCCAUGGGCAUCUCUAGUACUAGUAUGGCUUCUUCAAGUACUAGGAAAGCCAUAGCAGAUAUGCCCCCAACUACAAAACGGGGGUCAACUCGCAACCCCUAAUCACGGGGUUGAUGCUUCUUGGCUUUUGCUUGGUUACUGCAGUUUUAAACCUGGUACUAAAUCCAGCGACUUUGGGACCCACAUUUGGCGGAGAUAAAGUUUUACCUUGGAUAUUUAUGGCCUUCGUAUGUGGACUAAUUAAAGUGAAUAAUCUUCAAUUUUAAGUUCAAGUCGUGUACCUAUUUCUUUGUCAAAAGAGUAAGUAAGAGUGACUAGAAGAAGAGCGUAGGUAACGCAUGAGUAGAUUGUAGAGGAGUGUACCCCCUCUACUGGGCUGGCGAAUUGUUAGUUACCAACUUCCCUUUUGAGUUGCACCAUACAUAGCAACUCCAUCUCUGUAGUGAUUCUUGAUUUGUUUAUGCAUACCGCCACUUGUAGGGCUAUGGGUUCUAGCCGCUUCCUCUGGGCAGCUAUGUACUUGUAGAACUAUCACGUGGUUCACACUUGUUGGUUGCAGGUCUUCUCUUUGACCGCCUAUGCUGACUUCCAACACGGGGAACAGGUGAAGGUUGAAAGCUAGGUCCAAGUACACGACUUGGACUUGCAGAGGUUGAAUUUUCUCUGCAAGUCCAAGUCGUGUACCUAUUUCUCUAUUGUUUUUACGCUGCAAGUGCAUUGAUCGUUUUAUUACUCAGCGCCUUUGCAGAUCAAUUUUUGUACGUACUUUGCAAUCUUGUACAUUAAUUAUCCCUUCUAACAUACGGCUUUUCCUUGCUCUGCCUGGAUUCUGGUGUCUUUUUCGCGCAACGUCUCUCCCUUCCGGCGGAAUACUCGUACGGGCAAGGAGAUAGUAUACAUCGACUGGGUCCCGUCUGGCGGAUUGCUCGUGAGGGUAAGGAGAUGGCAGACGGCGAUCCAAGGGACGUCUGGUGGAAUACUCGUACGGGCAAGGAGAUAAAAGACGGCGAUCCAAGGAGAUACUAUGAUACAAUUCUACAACUUACUCUUACUCUUAAGUAGAAUACUACAACUCUUAUACUACAACUAUCCAUCAUGUGAAUAUUAACUACAGUGAAUACGAAUCCAUCCUCUACUGUCGUUCAACUGUGUGAAUACUUAAAGAAGGGAGAAGGAGAGCAACUAAAUGAAGUGUGUACAAAAGCCACAGCUCUCAGGAGCAAACACUCACCCUUUUUCUCGACACCGUUUAGCCACGAAAAUCAAGACCAAUCUAGUUGUUCCACCUUCUAGAAAAUCACGACCACAUUGGUCUUCCACCUAUAGUAUAAUCAUUUUGCGUCAAGAACAUACUAUGAGACAGAUCAUGUUGAUUUCCUUUACAUCUGAGGUUUGUGAAAAUUGGGAAUUAAUAUAAGGUUGAGGACAUGUUGAAAGUGUAAUUCGAAUGAAUUCUUUCGCUUCUUAAAACGAU